AGCAUCAAGGAACAGAGAGUGACAGAGACCUGAAGCUUGUCUCUGUACAAUUUGUCAUCUCAGCCCAGCUGCUGACCAACAAUAAUCAAAUAUGGAUGAUAUUUACAAGGCAGCGGUUGAACAGCUGACAGAAGAACAAAAAAAUGAAUUCAAGGCUGCUUUUGACAUCUUUGUCCUUGGUGCCGAGGAUGGGUGCAUCAGCACAAAGGAGCUGGGAAAAGUCAUGAGAAUGCUGGGGCAGAAUCCUACCCCUGAAGAGCUACAAGAGAUGAUUGAUGAAGUAGAUGAAGAUGGCAGUGGCACUGUAGAUUUUGAUGAGUUCUUAGUUAUGAUGGUCAGGUGUAUGAAAGAUGACAGCAAAGGAAAAUCAGAAGAGGAGCUUUCAGAUCUCUUCAGAAUGUUUGAUAAAAAUGCAGAUGGAUACAUAGACCUGGAUGAACUAAAGCUCAUGUUGCAGGCUACAGGAGAAACCAUCACUGAAGAUGACAUUGAAGAACUGAUGAAGGAUGGAGACAAAAAUAAUGAUGGCAAGAUUGACUAUGAUGAAUUCCUGGAGUUUAUGAAAGGUGUUGAGUAAACCUCAGCUGCAAGCAGAAGCAGCCUCCUCUUUUGAACACCUCCAGUUUUGUCUUGUGCCAUUUCAUCAGUUCUGUUGCCCUUGUUAGUUGCAUGAAGACAUGUACCAAACUUGGUGAACUGAACAAUAUGAAAACAUGAGCCAUUUCACCUCAAAUCAUCACCCUGUAGAUAUUUAUUGAGUCAGAUUAUUGUAAUCCUUUUAUUGCUGUUGGUUUCAAUGACUAUAAUUUGGUCCUUAAUGCAUUAAUGGGUUAUCCUGGUCCCAAUGAAAAAUGUGCUAUAAUAUGGCAGUCACAUCUUGAACGACUAUUGAGAUUCUUUAACAGUGGAGAUUGCUGUCUCUUCCUUCCUGUAAUCCUCAGCUGAUCUCAUGUGAUAUGUAAAAAUACUGAGUGUACAAAAAUUAAUUUUUUUUGAAAUGCUAAUAAAAUAAUUUAAAAACUAGAA